UCUCUCUCUCUCAUCCCCCACUUUUACUAUUUCUAAAUUUUAAAGAAGUGGUAGAUUUUAAUGAGUUUAAGAAAAGCGGUUUUAACUUUAUUGGUAAUCUUUAUAAACAGUUUGACAAGUAUCCAACAAAAACAAGAAACUGUGUGUGAAACUGCAAAAAUAGCUUUUCCAAUGGAUUUCAAUGUGAAGCAUUGGAGAGAGGAGUCAGAAGAAGAUGAGCAUCAAACAUCAACUAAGCUACCAAGACUGGACUCAUCAUCUCCUGCAGCUGCGCUUCCCUUGUUUGUACCUCAACCUCAAUCCAACCACUACUACUCCACCAAACUUCCCAGAAUUGGGGGUGGUGGGAGCUCCUUCAGUUGGGCGCAGUGGCAAGAGCUUGAACUUCAGGCUCUCAUAUUCAGCCACAUAAUGGGCGGCGGAGGCGUUCCGGCGGAGCUCCUGUAUCUUGUCAAGAAGAGCCUUGUCUCCUCUCCUCUCCAUUAUUACCAUCCUUCUUCUUCUUUGGCAGUGGGGUAUUGGGGGGGCAAAGGAGGCAUGGAUCCUGAGCCGGGGAGGUGCCGCCGGACCGACGGCAAGAAAUGGCGUUGCUCGAGGGACGUCGUCGCCUCCCAGAAAUACUGCCACCGCCACAUGCACCGCGGCAAGAACCGUUCAAGAAAGCCCGUGGAAAUUCCCACUCCUUUCACCCUCUCCCACCCGAGGCCCGAGACUCAACCCGCCGGAGAUCCCACGCUCCGGCAUUUCUUCGACGAUUGGCCUACAUCACUUGGGAUGGGGGCAACUAACCUGUCCAUCUCUUUAAAGCUUGGAAGCGAUGGGGGCUCUACGCCUCAAAUCAAUUGGGAUGGGCCACUGGCCGAGGCGUUGAGCUCACCAAUGACCACUCUGCACACCACCUCUGCGUCCCACACUAGUUUUCUUACCUCCUAGCUUUUCAAACUUGUUCUGUUUUCCCUUCUUUCUCAUCAUGUCAUACGCUAUCUUCUGUAAUGUACAAUGUGAGCUCUUGAGUUUAUCAACA